GUGAUCAUAUAAGCUACGUGGCUAACGGGCUGAUACUCUAAUAUCAAUAUAAAUAGUGGUUAACUACACACCUGGAUUGUUUUAAAUUUCUAAAACAAGGGCCAAAUAGAAAGAAAGGGGAAAUUGAAGAAAAAUAAAAAUGCAUCAAGCAACAUUUAUCGAAUCAAAUGAGAAAAUGAACUACUUUAGAUUAAUGACGAGUGGUCAUUCAAUCCCAUCUCUUGGUUUGGGGACUUGGCAAUCUGGCUCUCAAGCUCGUUACUCUGUUCAAACUGCUAUUCUUGAGGCUGGUUACAGGCAUAUUGACACAGCCUGGGAAUAUGGGGUUGAGAAGGAGGUUGGUGAAGGCAUCAAGGCUGCAAUUCAUGCUGGACUUGAGAGAAAGGACCUUUUUAUUACCUCUAAACUAUGGUGCACUGAUUUGACUCCAGAGAGGGUUAGACCUGCACUCGAGAACACCCUCCAACAACUUCAACUUGAUUAUCUUGAUCUCUACCUUAUCCAUUGGCCUUUUCGGUUAAAGGAAGGAGCAAGCAGGCCACCGAAAGCAGGGGACGUGCUAGAGUUUGACAUGAAAGGUGUUUGGAGAGAAAUGGAGAGGCUUUUCGCGGAUGGCCUUGUUAAAGACAUUGGCAUUUCUAACUUCACUGUCACAAAGCUUACCAAGCUAUUGAGUCUUGCUCUUGUUAAGCCUUCUGUUUGUCAGAUGGAGAUGCACCCUGGAUGGAGGAAUGCGAAAAUGUUUAAUGCUUGCAGGGAGAAUGAGAUCCAUGUCACUGCAUACUCGCCGUUGGGUUCAGGAGGAAAGAGAGAUUUAAUGAAUGAUCCAGUGGUGGUGAAAGUGGCAAAGAAGCUAAAAAAGAGCCCAGCUCAAAUACUAAUAAGAUGGGGUAUACAGAGAGGGACCAGUGUCAUUCCUAAGUCGAGUAACUCGGAAAGAAUCAAGGAAAACAUACAUGUUUUCGGGUGGGAAUUACCUGACGAAGACUUCGAUGCUCUUUCAACCAUCAAACAACAGAAACGAGUUAUGGACGGCGAAACUCUGUUUGUUAACAAGGAUGGGCCAUUCAAGAGUGUGGACGAGCUGUGGGACUUUGAAGAUAAUCCUCCUAUCAACUUUGCUCCUUAAUUUAAAACAUCUUCUCAGGUCAUCAGAGUGCAGAAUCUAUCUAAUACUCUAAUAGAUGCCUUGUGUUGUCAUCUUUUCACUUCUCUUCAAUAAAAUGUAACGUUCUCAGUAUCAAAUGUUUACUAUAGUACAUGGCUAUAUAUGUUGUAUGUUUUAUUCGCUUGAAA